CAAGUUAUUUCCCCCCACCACACACACACACACCAGCUGAGGAAGGGUUGGUGUCGAUCAUUAACUUCCUCAGAGGCAGCGACAACAGCAACUGCGCCCAAAGCCCUGGAGAGAGGGGAGAAAGCUUCCAGUGGUCCUAUUCCUUGAGGAUUAGGAGUUUCUGAUGACAUGGCAGAUUCCAGUCCGGACGAGACAGCCGUCACGACAGAGGGCCCGGGGGACCAAAGUCACCCGAAAGAGGAAACGGAGCCCCUCGACAAAAUGGAGUCGAAGCAAAGGCUGGCCGCGGACGAGCUGAUCAGGACAGAGGCGAGCUAUGUGCGUACUCUCCAGCUGUGCACCUCGGAUAUUCGGGGCCACCUGAAGCAGCUGCCGGAGGGUGACCUGGACAUACUUUUCUCCAACAUGGACGACAUCGUACUGGUCUCUCUCCGUCUCCUCAGAGGCUUGGAGGCGGCGGCUCCCGGAAGUUCCGAACAACUUAGUCUGAUCAGUAGCCUAUUCCUGGAGCUCAGAGAGGACAUAGAGGGUGUCUACAGGACCUACUGUGUCAACUAUGACCAGGCCCUGUCCCUGGUGGAGGCGUACAAGAAGGACGCAGGGCUUCAGCAGGGCAUCCAGGAGGUCCUCACUGCGGUGGUGCCUCAAGCCGGACCUUCAGGGCUGAGCUUCUUGCUGGUGAUGCCCGUGCAGCGGAUUACCAAGUACCCUCUGCUGCUGCAGAAGAUUCUGGAAUACACCUCCCCCGAAGACCGUGCCUUCCCAGGCCUUCAGGAAGCCACCGCGGCCCUUCAGGAGAUCAACGCCAACAUCAACGAGUACAAGAGGCGCAGAGAAGUUGCAACUAAGUACAACAAGGCUGAGCACCUAACUCUGAGGGAGCGGUUUUAUCGGAUUAACACGCACUCCAUUUCCAAGAAGACUACACGGCUGAGCCAGAUGUUUAAACAGGAAGCUGGGAUUGUGUCCAGGACCGAAGACAAAGAGUUUGACGAUUUGGAAGAGAAGUUCCACGAUGUGACGUUGUGUGUGAUUGAGCUGAAGGAAAACGUGGCAUCUUACCUGAAGAACUUGGAGGCUUUCCUUAGCUCGAAACCACAUGAAUGUGACCUGGAGAUUGAGGAGGGUCCCGUCCAACACUACCACCGACUUGCGAAUAAUCUCCACCAUCUGGUCUUCUUGGAGUUUAAGCGGCGAUUGGAAAGCCUCGUGUACCGCCCGCUGUGCCACCUGACGGAAUCGCUCGCGGGGCCCCGGAACCUCAUCAGGAAGCGUCUGGACAAGCUGCUGGACUUCGAGCGGGUGGAGGAGAAGCGGGCCGAGACGGGCAGCGUGACUUACGAGGAGGAGGCCACCAGGCACACCUACCAGGCCCUGAAUUCCCUGCUGGUGUCCGAACUCCCCCGGUUUAACCAGGUGGCCGCCCGGUGGCUGGGGCAAAUCCUCCGGACACUGAUGGCCCUCCAGCGGGACCUGGCCCAGCGGGUGCUGAGUGAGGCGGAGGGAAAGCUGGCCCAGCUUCCUCACAGUCAAGUCCCGGAGGCUACCUUCAGAAAGCUGGUGCAGGAUUCAGUGGACCAGGCCAGCCGUCGGCUUCAGUCCUUCUGCCAGUCAUUUGAAGCAGUCAUGCCAAGCCCCACAGUACAACCUCUCAGCCCUAGAACCGAGCGACAGGUCCAGGCGCUGGUGAGCAAACAUGGCCCCGACAAGCUGUACCAGGUGACCAGCAACGUCAGCGGUAGCCGAGAGCUGGACCUCGUCCUGCAGAGGGGGCAGAUCGUGGCCCUCCUGCAAGACCGGGACACCAAAGGCCACCGGGAUCGGUGGCUGGUGGAUUCUGGAGGUCACCGAGGGUAUGUGCCAGCUGGAAAGCUGCAGCCCUACCACCUGGUCCAAACUCAGACCUCCAAGACCCAGACGUUGGCCCCGGAUGAGGCGGGAGAAAAGAGAAGACAUUCUUAUACGCCCCUGGAGAAUCCCAAGGCCCCAAUCCACUUUGUGGAACCUAUUUUCCAAGUGGUGGCGGCUUACCCGUUCGCUGCCCGGAGCGGGCAUGAAGUCAGCCUGCAGGCUGGUCAGGUGGUGACCGUCCUGGAGCCUCACGACAAGAAGGGCAGCCCCGAGUGGAGCCUGGUGGAAGUGAGCGGGCAGCGGGGCUACGUGCCUUCCGCCUUCCUGGUCACGGUGCCCGUCCCGGAGCCCUGGGGCUGGGGCUCGGCUGCUUUGGGGGGACCGGCUCAGUAAUGGGCAAGUACCGUGGAGGCGCCGUAUCAGGCGGAGGGGCCGGCGAUGGCGUUCGAAGUUAGAACCUGAGGUUGACUGGACUCCCGGUGGACGGAGAGGAAACCCAGGGUGGGUGAAGAGGAGAUGGGGCAGAAAGGGAGGAAGCCUCUCACCUGCGGUCUCUACCCCCAGGUCUUGGUGGUCCUCGAGGACUGCAGGAGAGCUAAUUGUCAGGCCUGGGGGUGGCAUGGGAUCAGGAGGGGAGAUGUGGGUGACACUGUGAGUGAGGUAAAGGGGCCAGAGAAGAAGGGUGUGCGGUUUGUGUGUGGGGGGGUGGGUUGUUCGGGGAUGAAAGCCCAGUGUAGACCCUUGGGUAAGAAUCAGGUAGCUGCCAAGCGGUGAUGGGUGGGCUGAGCCUCAUCGAUAGAAUCUGAAGAAGUUAUAUCGGGAAGUUGGCAGAAGUCAACCAGAUCUAGGAACUGACCACUAACAAGCAGUAUGGCUUAGUAGAUACAGCAUGGGCCUCGGAGUCAGAAGGUCAUGGGUUCUAAUCCCAGCU